AUGCUGCCAUCGUAUCUGGUUACCAAUGAAGAUGGACAAAAAAGAACGGCGUCUACUCGAGGUCUAAGCAGAAGAACUGCAGAAGAUAAGGCUCCAGUAAUAACAUCUGCUUAUAAUGAAGAGAAAAAGAGUGCCCCUGGUUGGUUAAAAAGUGAAAGACCUGAGGAUAAGUAUGAAAAAUAUGGUGCUAGAAGAAAGCACAUAGUUGAUGAAUCAUCGGAUUCAAGAUAUUCAAGAUAUAAAACUGAUACCAGUUCAAUUCCUGCUAAAAGACAGAGGGAUGAUUCUCCUGAAAGUGAGUCAAAGAGACAAGCAUAUGUGACUCCAUAUAGUAAUAUUGAGGUUGCUAAUCCAUCUGCAGAUCAUCAUAGAUCUAAAAAUUAUCAAACGUUUGAAAGUCAUAUUAGGAAUCGAGAAACUGGAGAUAUUAAUAGUAUUGUUCGUAGUCAUUAUAACCAAAGAACUGCUCAUUCAAAGCAUCAAGGACCAAGAACCAAUUCACCCAUAUAUAAGUUACGUAAUUUCAACAAUGCUAUCAAGUAUAUGUUAAUCGGAAACAAUGUUAGAAGAGAUAAGAAUGAUAAGGGUAAAUUAUUCACCUUGCUUGAUUUAUGUUGUGGUAAAGGGGGAGAUUUAAACAAAUGUGAAUUUGUUGAAAUUGAACAAUAUAUAGGAAUUGAUAUAUCUGAUAUGUCAGUUCGAGAAGCAUUUACAAGAUACAAUCAGAAGAGAGCAAAAUUUAAACAAUUACAUGGUAGAGAUAAGAAUAAGUAUAAUUUUGAAGCUUGUUUUGCAACUGGUGAUUGUUUUGGUCAGACAAUUCCUGAAAUUUUAGAGCCAAACUUUCCUGGUAUUAUAGAUAAAACCUUCCCAGUUGAUGCUGUUUCUAUUCAAUUUUCAUUACAUUAUUCAUUUGAAACUGAAGAAAGGGUUAGGACAUUAAUAACAAAUAUUUCCAAAUCAUUAAGACCAGGGGGUACAUUUAUUGGUACCAUUCCAUCAUCUGAUUUUAUAAGAGGGAAAAUUCAAAGGAAAGAAUAUAUUACUGAAGAAGGUGGAUCAAAUGAAAAGAAAAAGUUUGGAAAUUCAAUUUAUUCUGUAACAUUUGAGAAGGAACCACCAGCAGAUGGAGUAUUCAGACCACCAUUUGGUAACAAAUAUACUUAUAAUUUAAUUGAUGCGGUUGAUAAUGUUCCAGAAUAUGUGGUUCCAUUUGAAACAUUGAGAAGUAUAUGUGAAGAUUAUGGACUUGAAUUAAAAUAUAAGAAGAAUUUCAUUGAUAUUUUCAAUGAAGAAAUUCCUAAUUAUUUUAAAAAGUUAAAUAAGAAUUUAAUUGAAGGUAUGAAAAGAUCAGAUGGAAAUUAUGGAGCUGAAGGUGAUGAAAAGGAAGCAGUUGGAUUUUAUUUGGGGUUUGUAUUUGAAAAAUUAGGUAACUAA